UAAAUCAUGAGAACCGGUGGAUACAGCAGUCACUCAAACCAGAUGAAGGAGCCAUUCACGUCUUCUUUUUCAUUUUUAUUUUUUGUCUGCGUAGUAUUAAAUACAUUGAUGAUUGUAGUGUCACUGAUGAAGCGGAAGACAACCCUCAGAUUCACUUUUUGCUGCAAUUGACAAAAAACCAAACAAACAAACAAACAAACAAACAAACAAACAAAAAAAACCCUUUCGGUGCUUUGCUUUUGACAUUUUGGGAAUUGAAGGUGGGACAUUGAUUGUUAAAAAGCAAAACAUUAAUAGGAAGACACAAAAUAUAAAGGAAUUUAAAUUACAACUUCAGGAAAGUUUUCUUAAUUCCAGGAGUUGAUCAGAAUUUGAAUAAGAAAUCCACAUCGUUUUAAAGAUAGAAAUACAUUGUUAAGAAUGGAUAAUGUCGAUCGCUCACAAGCAAACUGUUCCACGCCGUCAAUAGUGACAGCGGGAAGGGAAAGUAUGGAAUCAUCUUUAACUUCCAAUGCCGGUGACAUUUUAAUAAGAUCAACAAGUCUUCAUCAUGCGAGAAACACAAGCGCCGACAACGAUCAUGAUGUCAGUAAUGUCUCCAGUGGAUUUGUUUGCUACAAUAAAAAGGUUAAAUUCUCAGUUAAAAAGCUCCGGGAAGUUGGUUCUCCGUACCACACGAAUGAGUAUAAGAAACAGGCAGAAAACAAUGCCCCUGACCAGAUGUUUAUCCCACCAGCGUUACCUGCUAAUAAACCUGCCCACUCUGCUGAUGAUAGGAGAGAGUCAGUGCGCGACGCUGAUUCUCUGAUUCCAGCUUGGAACACCACAAAGCGACAGCCUUUGCAUGGACAUGAAAACAGCCCAGGUUCUAUGUCCCAUCAGGUGCCAGAAAAAGAUGCUCAGGAGCGUGGUGUAAGAGGCACCUUUUUAAAAAAUCCUCCAGAUGGCAGUAGAAAAGAAGGAAGUGACAUAGUGAUCUCGCAGUAUUCUGUUGGUCGAAAAGAAGCAAUGAAAGCAGUUUUUAAACAGAGAUCAAAAACUGGUCCUGUCCGGAAAGAGGUAAAGGUGCAGUUUUUGGAAAACCAGUCAUCAGCAAAGAAGGAGCCCACAGUGGCAGAAAGCAGACCAUCUUUCCACUGUGCAGCAGAUCCCUCCAUCACUGCAGCUGCUGCCACUGCUGCGGCCAUAGCAGUAACUGCGCCUCUCCUCAAGGGUCAGAGUGAUUUGGAAGCCAAGAUUUGUGACUUGGUGAAGAACCUUCAAGAGACAGACCUCCUGGUGCAACGUGAGCAGCACCAACAUUCUAAAAGGCCUUUCCAGGACGAGAGGGUCGUCGAGCUGGAGAAACAGUUAAACACUCUUACAGAACAACGGCUUAACCAUCUGGAGAAGCUCCAGCAGCAGCAGCUGGAGAUGCAGUCUCGUUUGAUGAGCUCUACAAUCAAUGCUGUUGGUCUCACUUCAGCUUAUUCUCACACAGUGCAUCACGGUUCAGCAGCCACUUCACAACCUGGUCUGCAGCAGUUGCCUAGCAACCACAGCCAAGAUUCACAUCUUGGAUCUCAGCAUUCUGCCUCCCUUACAGCAGCAGCAGCUUACCCAAGCCAGCACAUUCGACAUGGUGCUGCUGUGCAGAAGUCCCCACUGGACACUCCAGCUCCUCGUAGAUUUGCACCAGUUCCCAUGUCCAGGGAUGGCAAAGUGCAGCACAGGAAUGACAAGCCUGCGGUGGAGAAAACAGUCAGUGGAUCUGUGUCUUCAACCAGGCUGGGAAAUAGGAGGCUUUUGGAAGAGAUUCUUAAUGAGGAAAGUGCAGAGGGAAGCAGAGUGACCAUGGCAACAGCAGGCAGAUAUCCAGAGAGAUCCAGCUCUGGCAACCUGCUGACUGAAUCCUUUCCAGCUUUUGAACCCCCCUCUAGGGGUUCUGGUCGGGCCGAGGUAGCUGCCAGCACAGCUGUACAGAAAGCCACUGAUGUGCUUCACAACCUUGGCAGACUGAAGAACGAGAUGCAAGGCCUGUUGCAGGAAGGACAGCAAUGGAAACCAAGUGUGCAACACCACUCCAAGCUUCAUGACACAUUUACAAUGGGGUGGAGUGUGCAGGCGAGGCAGAACAAGAGCCACAAAGCUAUCGAUCCAACGCCUCUUCAGCAGCCUCUGCUGGCAGGGGCUGCACCCCCCAUGGAUAUUGCAGACCUGCCCCAGCUCCCUCAGCCCUGUUUUCUCCAGAAAUCCAAGGCACCCACGUCCAUGUUUGAAGAUGCUGAAAGGAUACUGCGACAAGUGAAGAACAACAAGAAAGUCCUUGAAGAAAACUUGGAAGCCAUUAUGCGGGCAAAAGAUGGAGCUGCCCUACACUCUCAGAUUGAGGCUUUGUCAACCAACAGGGAUGCAACUCAAGAGACACGAAUCAAGAAGACGGUGGAUGCUUGGAUUGGCGUGCUCAGCGAGGACAUUCCGAAUGAAAUUGCAAGAAAAGAUGUUCUUUCACAAAUGAAAGUAAAGGAGAAAGAAGCUGUUACUGUUUCAUCUCAGAAGGGUCGUGGUGCCAAGGACAUGAAGCUGCACAGAGAUGUGAAAAAUAAAACCCAAAGUAAACUAGUAACUCAAAGCUCUGUGAAGCCCUUCCAGAACAUAGUAGGAGAACCUUCUGAAAGGUCUGGUGUAAAGAGUAGACCAGUAACUUUGCAGAGGAAAGAGAAAGCUGCGAAGGUGCCACUGGUUAUGCAGAAGUCAGUAAUGGAGGAUGAAGACUAUCUCUCAAGGGUUUAUGGGAAGGCUUUGUAUCAGGGCCAUCGCAACAGCCUGAAGAAAGGCCCAUAUCUCAGAUUGAACUCUGCUUCACCAAAAUCCAAACCCCAGAGACCCAAAAUGGUGGAAAGUGUCAAAGGAAUCAAGAUGAAGUCUGCCCGAACUCAAACAAGCCCAUUCCCACUUAAAUUGGCAGUGACCAGACCGAUAAAGCAGCGACCAAUUUCUAUACCGCUGCUCCCAGAGAACCAGUACAUGUUCAGCCCCUCUGGAAAAGAGCCUUUAUCUGCUAUGAUUGAUGGUCCAGUUGAAGGACAUCUGAUCCCUAUGGCCAUUCCUUUGGGUGAGCCAAGAAUGGAUGGGAUGGCCCCACAACCUAGAGGUGUGAUUAUCACUAGCCAGCAUCCUGUCACAGUAACUACCUCAAUCCCCCCAUCUCCCUCUAAGCAGAAGACACAAGUGAAGAAACCCACCGUUGCUGUGAUAGAAAUGAGGUCAGAACAAAAAGACCCACCCAAGUUGUCUGUGCAGACUCCAGAACAAGCCCAUACUGAGGUGGAAGACAUUGCUGGGUUCCCUGGUACAGAUUUUAUAGCAGUCAAUGACAUAACACAGGAGUCAGAAAAGGAUGAGCUUCCUGAAUCAGUUAUUGAGUUAAACGGCUGUGCAAGGCCCAUCUUUGCUCCAUACCAUGGGCCUGCUUUCCCACCCACUGUUCCACCCCCCCUUCCCACUGUGGACAUUACUGAAGAAAGGAUAAGAGAACAAGAAACUCUGGAAAAGAGGCUGGUUGAAUGGGUGGAGCAGGAGCUUCUGUCCCGAGUGAUCAAUGAGAUGUAUCCACUCCAUCUGCAGCCUCGUCAGGACAUUCUUGUGUCAGACAACGAGGACAGCAUCUCUUCAACAUCUGAUAUAGUUGAAGCAGCAGGUGGAGGAGGCUUGCAGCUGUUUGUCGACGCAGGGCUGCCAGUUGACUCCGAUCUGAUUCGGCAGUAUGUCAACGAUGCCCUUGCGGAAAUCAUAGCCAACAUGUUGGGAGAGAGAGAGGAACAAAGCCAAGCUCAAGCACCUCCGCUUCCCCUCAGCAGACCAUCCUCACUGGAAUUAGUAAUCCCAACACCAGUGCCCACCCCUCAGCAUACCCCAAGACAAAGUCCAUCCCUUCCUGUGAGCACCCCAGAUAUAUCUGAGCUGGAAUCUGCAGCAGAGUCAGUGGAACCGGAACCAAAACCAGAACCUCUGCCCCUGGCAGAUCCAGAUCAAGAGGUAGUUAAAAGCCCUGUGGAGACGCCUGCCGCAACCCCAAUUCCAUCUCCUCCCAGAGUAGCCACACCAUCUCCUCCCAUCUCUGAGAGAAUCCAGACCCCGAGCCCACAGCCUGCCAAACUGCCAUCCAACCCCUGGGGAGAUGCAGAGCUCCCCCUAGAGGAGGAGGACCCUAGAUCAGAACGAGAGGACCUGCAGAGCCAAAGAGCUGUCGUGAUGUCUGUGGCCAAGGAAGAAGAGGCAGAGAGUCUGGUCAUGCCGUCCCCACCUGUCACGCCACGAAUCCCAACCCCACCCCCUCAAGCACAGACCCCUACUGUACCCUUCCAGACCCCACCUCCUGCCACUGUCUCCACAGAGGAGAGCAGCUCCUCCAUCUCUGUCUCCGAGACAGAGACCGCCGACAGGAUCAUCUCUGAGGGGGAGCUCCUCUUCAGCUAUGGGCAGAUGAUCGCAACGAGAGCUUUGGCAGAAGGAGGGGUGAUACUUCCCAACCUCAAUGCUAGCCAGUCAAGCUCUCUGUAUGAUGCUCAAGAAAUGGACUAUGACCCCCCUAGUGAAGGGCAGGUGAUAAGGAGGCCUCAUGUCCAUCAUCAUCGUGACCCUGUCCUCUCUCUGCUAGCCAAGAUGAACCAGGGCCCCAUCGCUCCACAGGAAGUACGCUACCACCCACAGCUGAACUCUGAUGAAGACAGCAGCAGCAUGGGAGAGAUGAGUGAAGGGCAAAGGCCCAGACUGACUGCAGCAGGCGAAACCAUUCUGACUGGACAUUCGCUCUUCUUGGACCAGUCUAGCCUGAAUGGGCUUAUGAGCAAUCAAGGAGAAGGACACCCUUCGUCACCAGGCCAAUUCAGUAAGGAGCCAGGGAGGGCUCCCGGGGGGGUUGAGGAGACCCAUGGUCCCAUGAGCUUCAGAGAACUGGAAGACAUACCCAGGCCGCUGCCCCAGACACUGAGAGUUACACAGAUUCAAAAUGGAGAGCAGGUUUUUGAAAUUCCAAGAAAUGAACGCAGAGCUUCACCGAUACAAGUGAGACCAUAUGAAAAUGUGACCGAAGAGGCAAGGGAGACAGGGAUGGAAGCAGGCUCUUCCUCCAGACCAAAUGAUGCUCUCUUAAAAAUGGCAGUGAUGCUGCCCUCUAUGCAAGAAGAAGACCAGAGUGGAAGCAUCAGCAUGCUUGAAGGGGACACUGAUACUUCAGGGGCCGACGUAUUCUGACUUAUCCAGAGGUCUUCGUAAAGCUCUGACAUGCUGCACUGUGUUUAAUACCAGUAAUGGAAUUAUAUUGAGAGCGAUAUUUUGUUAAUGUUAGAAUAACAACAUGAUUACUAUGUUAUUGGGAUGGGUUUUUUUUCUAGUUUGGAACAUAGAAGAUGUAUAUUUUGUCUUGUGUGAGAAUAAAAAGUGAUUUGAAUAGAGGUGAAAGUAUGAUUUAUGAUGAUAGUAGUAUGAUGAUAUAUUUCAACAGUAUGGUAAAAUGGAAAUGGAAGUAUUGCUGCAGGUUUCAUUUCCUUUUUCUACGUUGUUUGGCUUUUUUUUUUUUUUUUAACACUGGUGUUUCCUGCGUUGCACAGAAAUAACAAGACACUGUUUAUUUAUUAUCCUCACCUGGGAAUGCAUUUCCCAAGAGGCAGUGAUUUAGUAUGAUGGCCCUGAUACAGUGUUUUCUCUGGUGCUCUGGGAAAUGCCUGUGCAUUGUUACAUUUUGAGUUUGUUUUCCUCAAUAUGCUUUCUGUAAUAACUAGCACAGUGUUUUACUUAGCAUCAUGUGAGCUUCUCUUAUUGUUUUAUAAAACACCACUCCAGCUGGUAUUAAUUUAUAUCUACAUGGUCAAAUUGGAGUUUGGUUGGUGGUUGCUUAAAGUCAGGCGCUCUUGGCUAGUAAGUGAGUUAUUCUGUUUGUAUCAAUGUGUCAGCAAGCAAUUUCUGGACAAGUUGUUGAGAUCUAGAGAAAUAACAGACUGUGCUGCGACAGUCCUCCCAGUAACCAACCCUGUAAUUGAAUACAUAAUUAUAAUGACCGAUUGCUUAACAAAAUAAGGGGUACCACAUUUAUACAAAAAUGCUUGAGCAGAAGGCAGCUUUUAUGUUUCUUGCAAGAAUUUGAGUGCUGCGAUCUGCUCUGCAGAUAAGGGAAUAGAGGCUAGAGGAAGGAGGGACGUGGGAGUCAUGCAAGGGUAAUGGUAAACAGGAAAUGUUAGAGAUGCUCCUGGAGCAGUUGCAGCAGAAACAGACCUUUCCAGAUGAACAGUUCUCCUACAGAGAAAUGACUGAUCUGAAAGCUACUUGCGAGUCGUUUGGAUAUGCAUGUCAGCAAACCAUUUCUUGCAAGUCAAUCAGGGAAUCAGGCCUUCAAAAGUAAGACAUUAGUCUCUGACAGAUGAUAAUUCACAGAAUGUGCUUAAUUCGCAUUUAUUUUCACUCUUCCUACCUUGAUUAUGUCUGUUGAAAUUGCCAGGCAGCAACCACUAGUAUUCAUCAUUUUGGUUUCUGAGAAUUCUUUGCUUUUAUGUAGCUGCAAAGCAUCUAUUCAUUAAGAGAAGAAUGCAGUGGAUACAAUAUUAAUCAAGCAACUGGACCAAUAAAUUGAUGCCACAUGCAGUAUAUUAGUAUAUUGUGUUUAGAUCAGAUCAUGCCAGUUAGGGUAAAUGUAUUCAUUUAUAUAUUUUGUCUGUUCUGCCUUAAUGUGUUUGUGUGUCUCUUAUCCAGGGGUGGUCAAUCGUGGAGGGCCAUUCAGCUCCAGUUUUAACAGGUAAAAUAAAUAAGUAACUACAUUGUAGUCUGGACAGAGGUUUAAAUGGUUCAGGUAAUCAGUUUAGUACACAGUUAUAACAAAGUCAGGACAAAUCAGUGUCUGUAGUGAAACUUUAGUGUUGUGGGAACCCUUUCUGGAUCCCUAGUUUGUGUGUUUUACACAAACUUUUCAGAGCACCUUUACCAUGUAUCCAUGGCCCCACAGGAAGCUUCACAUUAGGCGAUGGAUUCUAGAGGGUUCAGUUCUGUUUAGAACGGAUAAAUCAGGCAUGAAACUAAAAUAUGUUGCUGACAGUGAACAAAGAAAGAGUCUCAGUAAUGUACAUUUACAUAAACGAGCUUCAAUCUUCAGGUUCCAAUACUGGUGUUGUUUAACAGACACAGGGUUUUAACCUAUGACCAUAUCCAUAAUAUAGUUUCCACCGUUUUUCACAUGUGAAUUUCACCAUUCAAUUAGGGGUGCCUUUCCCCACAUUUACACUCUCAGAGUCGCUUCAGUAUUCAAGCUAAUACUGAGCCUGGCUUCCUCCAGGCCUCUUAAAUCAAUUUGGUUUGGCAUUCAGCAACAUAGCAGCAUUCAUGUAAAAACCAGAAUAAAGAUGCAGCUGGCGCAUAGCAUGGCACGUACAUAAAGAAAAGUUUGUUCAAGUACUAAGCCUUUUCAUUUUUUCUAGUUAAUAGCACUAUCAUGUGUUUUAAUAAUAGAUGCACAGUGUAUAAUGAAAUACACUGAGGACUGGAGGAGAAUAAAUUAGCUAACACUGUAAAAUAUAAUGUGCCCUUAAACUUCUUAAUGUAUGUAGAAAAUUUGACAUUUUGCUUAAAGAUAAGUGA